AUGGAGGGUCAGUCACCUGUACCCCAGGUGGAGGAGGCCCGGUUAGCUGUAGCCCGGGUGGUGGAGGCCCGGGUAGCUGUAGCCCAGGUAGUGGAGGCCCAGGUAACUGCAGCCCAGGUGGUGGAGGCCCGGGAAGAUGUAGCCCAGGUGGUGGAGGCCCGGGAAGAUGUAGCCCAGGUGGUGGAGGCCCGAGUAGUUGGAGCCCAGGUGGUGGAGGCCCGAAUAGCUGUAGCCCAGGUGGUGGAGGCCCGAAUAGCUGUAGCCCAGGUGGUGGAGGCCCGGGUAGCUGUAGCCCAGGUGGUGGAGGCCCGAAUAGCUGUAGCCCAGGUGGUGGAGGCCCGGGUAGCUGUAGCCCAGGUGGUGGAGGCCCGGGUAGCUGUAGCCCAGGUGGUGGAGGCCCGAAUAGCUGUAGCCCAGGUGGUGGAGGCCCGAAUAGCUGUAGCCCAGGUGGUGGAGGCCCGGGUAGCUGUAGCCCAGGUGGUGGAGGCCCAGGUAGCUGUAGCCCAGGUGGUGGAGGCCCGAAUAGCUGUAGCCCAGGUGGUAGAGGCCCAGGUAGCUGCAGCCCAGGUGGUGGAGGCCCAGGUAGCUGUAGCCCAGGUGGUGGAGGCCCGAAUAGCUGUAGCCCAGGUGGUGGAGGCCCAGGUAGCUGUAGCCCAGGUGGUGGAGGCCCGAAUAGCUGUAGCCCAGGUGGUGGAGGCCCGAAUAGCUGUAGCCCAGGUGGUGGAGGCCCGGGUAGCUGUAGCCCAGGUGGUGGAGGCCCAGGUAGCUGUAGCCCAGGUGGUGGAGGCCCGAAUAGCUGUAGCCCAGGUGGUAGAGGCCCAGGUAGCUGCAGCCCAGGUGGUGGAGGCCCAGGUAGCUGUAGCCCAGGUGGUGGAGGCCCGAAUAGCUGUAGCCCAGGUGGUGGAGGCCCGGGUAGCUGUAGCCCAGGUGGUGGAGGCCCAGGUAGCUGUAGCCCAGGUGGUGGAGGCCCAGGUAGCUGCAGCCCAGGUGGUGGAGGCCCAGGUAGCUGCAGCCCAGGUGGUGGAGGCCUGGUUAGCUGUAGCCCAGGUGGUGGAGGCCCAGGUAGCUGCAGCCCAGGUGGUGGAGGCCCGGGUAGCUGUAGCCCAGGUGGUGGAGGCCCAGGUAGCUGUAGCCCAGGUGGUGGAGGCCCAGGUAGCUGCAGCCCAGGUGGUGGAGGCCCAGGUAGCUGCAGCCCAGGUGGUGGAGGCCUGGUUAGCUGUAGCCCAGGUGGUGGAGGCCCAGGUAGCUGCAGCCCAGGUGGUGGAGGCCCAGGUAGCUGUAGCCCAGGUGGUGGAGGCCUGGUUAGCUGUAGCCCAGGCAACUGAGGCCUGGACCAGGAUUUAUUUCAAUGUCACCAGCCAAAAGUAG